AUGUCGCGCGCAUUCUAUCGUUUACGCUCCACAGCAUUAACCGUUCACAAAAGUAACUUUAGCAAUAAUGGUCGAACAUUCUCGACAAGCAUUCAACAACAACAACAACAACCCAAACAGCAGCAGCAACCACUUACAGACAAUGAGCGACAUAUAUUAGACCCCAUGCUUCGUGUAGACCAAUCGGGUGAAGUGGGCGCGUACUAUAUUUACAUGGGUCAAAUUGCUGUGCUUGGACGAGACAAGAAGCUUCGACCCAUCUUGCAAGAAAUGUGGGACCAAGAGAAAAACCAUUUAGAGACGUUUGACCGGUUGGUUGGUGAUAUGCGAAUUCGACCUAGUUUGCUGCGACCAUUGUGGGAAGUUGCUGGUUUCGCCGUGGGUGCUGGCACUGCAUUGAUGGGUAAAGAGGCGGCCAUGGCUUGUACUGAGGCUGUGGAGACAGUGAUUGGUAAUCACUAUGACGACCAGUUGCGUGACCUUGUCAAACUUACUGAUCAAAAUCCCGAGUUGAAGGAUUUGGGCAAGACGAUUGCUCAGUUCCGAGAUGAAGAACUGGAACACCACGAUAUUGCUGUGGCACACGACGCACAAGAAGCACCGUUCCAUUCGGCUCUCAAGGCUGUAAUCAUGCAGGGAUGCAAAACCGCCAUCUGGGUAGCUGAACGCGUGUGA